AUGGCUGUCCUGGUGCAGACCCUGGCACUGCUGGCAAUGGCCAUGGCCACUGUGGCCAACGAAGUGAAAUCACUGGACAUGGCCUGGGACUCCUUCGAUGACCAGUACCGGGGCUGUGGCCCUGCCAUGAUGGCGGCGUUGCCGGCCCUCAACUGCUCUGAGUUCCACCAGAACCGUGUGUUUUCCCAGAUCUGGGCCAAGGCUGCAGCCACGUGGCAGAGUUGGGGCCCCCCUGAGUCUCCUCUGUCCCCAAACCAGGCCAUCGCAAUCAUGGCCUACACGACGGAAGACCUGUAUGGACUUUUCAAUGAGUUUGUGCGCAUGGCUGGCCGCUCCAGGCAGCAAUUCAGGGACAAGUUCCCCUACAAAACGCUGCAUUUCCUGCUGACCGAUGCCAUGGCGACACUGAGGAACACUCUGCAAGGGCAGUGUUAUGAAGUGUUCCUGGAGGUGUGUGGGACCCGGUUCGACGCACAGCGUGGUGAUACAGUCCGGUUUGGUGAAUUCAGCAUUAUGGGGCUGAGCAAACCACCUCCAGGAUGCCCCACGGAGACGAUGUUCCAGGUUCACACGUGCCAUGGUGUGGACAUCAGCUUUUACUCCGCAACUUCUGCAACUGAUGGGGUUCUGAUCCCACCCUUUGAGACCUUUGAGGUCAUCAAUGUAACCCGGGAAGGGGACAAGGCAGAGCUCCAGCUCCGCUCCACCGGGACCUUCAGCAAAUACAACUGCGAGUGGCUGCAAGGUGAUGCCACAGGUGACAGCUGGGGGUGA